AUGAGCAGCACACAGGCAAACCCAGCUGUCCAGAAAGCGGCGAGGUGGUAUCCGGCCGACGAUACGCCCCUGCGCAAGAAGGCGAGGAAGACCCAGCAUCCCACCAAGCUCCGUGCUUCUCUCAAGCCGGGCGCGGUCGUGAUCGUCUUGGCUGGAAGAUUUCGCGGAAAGCGAGCGGUGGUCCUCGGACACUCCAAGGACGCCGUCAUCGUGACCGGUCCUUUCAAGAUUAACGGUGUCCCCAUCCGCCGAGUCAAUGCCAGAUACGUGAUCGGAACCUCGACGACCGUCGACAUCUCCAAGCUCGACAAGUCGGUACUGGAGAAGGUCACCAAACCCGAAUACUUUGCCCGGGAAAAGAAGAGCAAGAAGGAGAAGGGCGAGGAUGCCUUCAUCAAGCAAGGCGAGAAGCCAGAGGUGGGCAUUAAGAAACAACCUACGUCCGAGCGCGCUUCCGAUCAGAAGGCCAUCGACAAGCCCCUCCUCUCCGCAAUCAAGAACGAGGAAUUCCUGGCAAGCUACCUGCGAUCCAGCUUCAGCCUGAGACACGGUCAACGACCACACGAGAUGGUUUUCUAA